GGGGCCGGGCGCCAGGGUCUGGAGUUGCGGUGGGAGAAUCCGGACCUUGUAGACGCGUUAGGCUUCUCCGAGUCGAGGGACUUGCCCUCCCCCACCCUGCUGUGCUGUUGCUAUGUGGUUAGGGGAUUCGGACUUCCAGAGAUUUAGAAUAAAACAGAUGUCACCGAGGCAAACCCUGAAGUGGAAGUCUUCCCUGGGGCACUUGAGAAUGAAUGGGUACCGUGAGCUAGUCUGAAUUGUCACUUUCCGGGUGUCCGCUUUCGAGUUGGUCUGUUCUGGGGGCCGCAGCCGUCGCAGCCCCCCCGGGUGGGACAAAAGCCCCUCCCCCAGUUCCCUCCCGGUCUCAUUUGUUUUGAGUUUUAGAGCCCAUGUAGCCACCUCCUAGAGAGUUUUGUGCCUCCAACUCAGGCUGUCCCUGAAUCUGUCCCCUGUAAGAACAAAAAGACUUCACUUGACGUUUGUGUUUGUUUUGACUGCACCGUCCCCUCUUGGCCACCCAGGUUUGGAGCUCAGGGUAGGCGGCUCCGAGCGGUUAUCUGCCCAGGGAUUGCCCAGGAGAUGGUCCUGCCCUGUUGAGUGUGCCAUUUUGUUGUUCCCUCAUACCACCUCCACCCAGGUUAAUCCUCUCUCCUGGUGACUGGUUUUCCCCGUGGCUGGUCUCAUUCCCCGCUCGUCUUCUCCUCUAGAGCAAGUUGCUCUUGGGCCAUUACUCCCCUCAGAAACCUCCUUAGUGAUUCCCUGUUGCUUCGCAGAUAAAGUAUGAGUGCCCUCGAUCAGACCGGCUUUCCAAGCUUCCUCCUCUGCCUCUGCUUCAGCCAGUCUUGCUCUCCAUUCCCCAAAAGGGCGUGGUGCUUUGGAACCGACCUUUCCUGGCUCCUCCCCUUUUCUCGGCUGCCUGGGAAAUAGCCCCUUCCUGUUCAGGUUGCCUUUUUCAGCAAUCAGAUGAGGGCAUACGCUGGCUUUAGCCCCCAAGUUCUGCCUGAAGGCCUCGAUUUUAAUUUUAUUCAUUGGGCCUUUGCGUGUGAGUGCUUAUCUGUUUUAGGCUCUGGGCUGGGCCAAAGGGCUGGCAGGCAUGACCUGAACAAGGGUGCUUUUUUAGCUGGGGCCUGCCAGAAAUGUCCUUCUGGAGCAAGAGUCCUGAAGAAAGCGGGGGACUCACGGCCACUGCCGGCAGUGGGCAUGGCAGGUGCAAAGGGGUUGAGGCAUGCGGGAGGGGCACAGCAGCAAGGCCGCGCCAUGGCGGAACAGGAUGUGGAAAAUGAGCUUCUGGAUUACGAGGAAGAUGAAGAGCCCCAGGCUCCUCCAGAGAGCACUCCUGCUCCCCCCAAGAAAGACGUCAAGGGUUCCUACGUUUCCAUCCACAGCUCUGGCUUCCGGGACUUUUUGCUGAAGCCGGAGCUUCUUAGGGCCAUCGUGGACUGUGGCUUUGAGCAUCCAUCUGAGGUCCAGCACGAGUGUAUUCCCCAAGCCAUCCUGGGCAUGGAUGUCCUGUGCCAGGCCAAGUCUGGGAUGGGCAAGACGGCCGUCUUCGUGCUGGCCACCCUGCAGCAGAUUGAGCCUGUCAACGGACAGGUGACAGUGCUGGUCAUGUGUCAUACUCGGGAGCUGGCAUUCCAGAUUAGCAAGGAAUAUGAACGCUUCUCCAAGUACAUGCCCAGCGUCAAGGUGUCUGUGUUCUUCGGGGGCCUUUCCAUCAAGAAGGAUGAAGAGGUAUUGAAGAAGAACUGUCCGCACGUCGUCGUGGGGACACCAGGCCGGAUCCUGGCACUCGUACGGAACAGGAGCCUCAACCUGAAGAAUGUGAAGCACUUCGUGCUGGACGAGUGCGACAAGAUGCUGGAGCAGCUGGACAUGCGGCGGGACGUGCAGGAGAUCUUCCGCCUGACGCCCCACGAGAAGCAGUGCAUGAUGUUCAGCGCCACCCUGAGCAAGGAGAUCAGGCCCGUGUGCAGGAAGUUCAUGCAAGACGUGAGUAGGGUGGGACGGCAGCCAGCCACGGCCUCGGCGCGGCACCUCUGGCCCUCCUCGGUUCCGUGUCCUGAGCCGCUGCUGCUCCGGGACGCCCACACUUGCCUCACCGCACAAGAAUGCCGGGAGGCCCCGGAGCCUUCCUUCCCUCCUGUGUCUUGUGAGACUAGGAGCUGAGCUUGGUCUAUACCUGAGUCAGAGCCGAGCUUAGAUCAACGAUUGGGAGAGAGGCAUUUACCGGGGUACGCAGGCCCUCUGGGAAGCAUCGCAACGUGGAGUCCUUCGCCGGAAGGUUCUGGGCAGGCAAGAUGCCCAGAAGUAAGCCCCGCCUGCCCCUUCCUGCACAGCCCAUGGAGGUGUUUGUAGACGAUGAGACCAAGCUCACGCUACACGGACUCCAGCAGUACUACGUCAAGCUCAAGGACAGCGAGAAGAACCGCAAGCUGUUUGAUCUCUUGGACGUGCUGGAGUUUAACCAG